UUAUGGGUGACGCGCUAGUCCCAAAACCUCGUUUUUGCUGCUCUCCACCCUUUCGCUGAUUCCCCGCAACCAUGCUGUUCUUCAGCUUCUUCAAGACCCUCACCAACCACACCGUCACCGUCGAGCUCAAGAAUGACAUCCGAAUCCGCGGCACGCUGAAGUCCGUGGACCAAUACCUGAACAUCAAGCUCGAUGACGUCGAUGUUCUCGAUCUCGACAAGUACCCGCAUCUCAGCUCCGUAAAGAAUAUGUUCAUUCGUGGUAGUGUGGUGCGAUAUGUGGUGUUGCCGCAGGCGGAGGUCGACCGUGGGUUGUUGGAGGAUGCGACGAGAAGAGAAGCCGCAAACCAGGCGAGCAAGGCUCGGUGAUGACAUGCUUUGGACGGGAAUGAAGGCGCUGUUUGUCGAUACUGUUAUUUUAUAACGAAUGGAUGAAAUGUUCUAACGACACCGUCGUCUACAAUUCAUGGGUGUGUUGGAGAAGGCUCCUCAGGGACAUAUCACUGUCCUCAUGACGACUUUAUCCCAAGUGAUAUUGGGACAAUAGAG